AUGGCUCUUCAUCGGGAUUCGAAUCCCCGGGUCACCAGGUGGUUUUUGGACCUGCAGCUGUUCAAGUUCACCGUCAUUUAUCGCCGGGGCACCCUGCAGGCCAACACUGAUGCACUCUCUCGCGUGGACGACCCGAUGGGUACAGUGUGGACCCAGCAAAUUGUGAGUCUGAUCUUUGAGGAUGACUGCACUGAGGACUUCCAGAACAACAUCCAGCGAAUGCCUUGGAUUGAGUUCCCAAUGGAUGGCUACGACUUUGUGAAUCGUCUAUCGCCUCGCCUCUAUGCCACUCACCUGCCGUACCAUCUGGCGCCCAAAGCUUUGAAGGAAAAGAAAGCCAAAGUAAUUUAUGUGUUCAGAAAUCCUAAAGAUACCAUGGUAUCCUAUUUCCACUUUUCCAAGAUGAUGAAUGACCUGGAAACAAUCCCAUCGAUUACUGAGCUAAUUGAGAGAUACUUGAAUGGAAAGGGUGAGUAAUGGAAGGCUUUUUGU